AAAACCCCCGUGUGAUUUCUCAGUUCCUCUAGCUCCAAGAACACAUUUGCGUACGGGUUACAUCCAAUCUAUCCUAUUAUUCAAACGCCAUCUCGUUAGUUACCCCGCUACAAUGACUGCCAGCAACAUCAAGUGGAUCUUCGGAGGAGCAUCUUUUGUAAAUGAGGAGACGAUUGGGGGUCCAGAGGCCAUUCAGGAGGCUCUCAACCUUUUGCAUGAUGCCGGUAUCGAGUCUAUCGAUACUGCAAAGACCUAUCACCAUAGUGAACAGAUCCUAGGAAAGACAAAGGCACCCUCUCGUUUCACCAUCGACACAAAGCACCCAGGAGGCUGGAGUGAUGUACCGGUCACCAAGGAGAGCAUUAUUGCUACCGCAAACGAGAGUCUGGCGAAGCUCCAGACAGAUCAGGUGGAUGUAUACUACCUUCACUGUCCUCCUCGCGAGGCCGCUUUGGAGAACGUUCUGGACGGUAUCAACACCCUGUACAAAGACGGCAAGAUCAAGCGCUUCGGCUUGUCCAAUUUCCUGGCCGAGGAAGUCGACGAGGUGGUUCGGGUGGCUCGUGAAAAGAACUACAUCCUGCCCACCGUUUACCAAGGAAAUUAUUCCGCUAUCGCUCGUCGACAAGAGGUUGAGAUCCUGCCUACGCUCCGCAGACAUGGAAUAAUAUUCUAUGCUUAUUCCCCAAUUGCUGGUGGCUUCCUGACCAAGAACGUCGACCAGCUAAUAGCCGGUGGAGAGGGAAGAUGGGACAAGAGCAGUCAGUUUGGCAGUCUCUACCAUGCGCUUUAUAACAAGCCAAGCAUGCUUGAAGGACUUCGUCUGUGGCAGAAGAUCUCCGAUGAAACAGGAAUAUCGAAAGCCGAACUUGCAUACCGCUGGGUAGCAUACAACUCUGAAUUGAACGCAGAACUGGGUGACGGUGUGAUCUUUGGAUCAACCAAAAUUUCCCAAUUGAAGGAGACACUGGCGUUGAUCCCGAAGGGGCCCCUGAGCCCAGAGAUUGCUGCGAAGAUUGAGGACCUGUGGAAACUCGUUGAAGCGGACUCACCACUUGAUAACUUUAACAAUGGCGUCCUAUAGCUGCGAGCUUAACGGAGUAACGGAUGUUGUUCCUUGUGAGAUAUAUGAGAUAUACUUAUGUAACGUUAAAUGUGGAAAUUUACGUAUGGAAACAGGCCACAUUGUCAUGCUAGGGCUCUUGCCA